AUGUCGACAUACGAUAAGGCAUCUCGCCUGCGAACUAAUCUGCACACGGCAGAUGGCUACUAUGACCAGGGCCUAGCAGUUUCCCAGGCUGUCAUCAAUUCAAGCUUUGGAAAGCUUUAUGACAGGUAUCCUGCUAUGCAAACCAUGUCUUAUGACGCCGGCAUUGCCCAGAUGGAGGGAGAGAUGUUACCCUCGCGUCUAAUUAUUCCUAAAGCUGAGAUGAAUCUUGCUAAAAUUAUUCAUCAGUUGCGAUUCAAAACGGGCACCUUGACCGUAGCAAACAACCCCAACCCCAUCAAACUGGACAAGUUCGUCAUCGGUGUGAUCUGCGACCUGGACAUGCAGUUUGUCAAGGAACGGCCUGAUGAAACGCCCGAGGAAAAACGCCAACGCGAGUUCAUUGAAAAGGAAUUCAGAGUUCCUGGCGAUUACCGGCUGGAGAGACUGUACUCUAAAUUUACUUCCGCACAAUGGAACCACUUCGACCUAUACGGCUCCCAGUACUAUGACGCAGAUGGCAAUCCCAUGACCUAUGAACAGUGGCAGAAGAAGGAUCCCACGGCGGCUGCGGCGUUUGGUAUCAUGUUGAGCAUGUACGGCACGGAUAUGGAGGCACAGGGCCUAUCCACCCUGGGACUUAAGAUUACCCUACCCGAUCUACCUCCGGAAACUAAGCCCACUUUCAUACCCACGGACAUGGUUCACCAAAUCUACCCCUACCGCGACGAACAGGGCAACUCGGAAUACGGCGACAGCCCCAAGGGAGACAGGAACUGCCUCCUCUAUCUCGAGGUCGUCAAAAGGGCAGACGGAACCGACGGCCAGCUCCCGGAUGCGAAGCAGGUCGGGUACAGCGGCAACUUCUGCUACCCGUCCCUGAGCUCGACCCCCGGAGUCGACGGAACCUUUCUCCUGGGCGGCCCGCUGUUCAUGGGCCGGUACCUGCUACCGCAGCUCCAGAUGCUCAACGAGGCCUCGUCCAUAUACGUUGACAAAAACACCUACGGCGGCGGCAGCGGCGGAUGGGCUUUUCCGAUGACCAUUGGACGCGAUCCCAGAUAUGCCAACUACGAGAAUGCCGCGUAUGCCUUCAAACAGUCCGGCGAUGGCCUGAAAUGGGUGUACGAAAAGAACGUUGACAAAUCCACACCCGUGAAGGAACGUACCGGUGGCGGCGAGUGGUGGAGCUCUGACCAUUGGAGCAAGGCUACGACGACGGUAACCUGGCAACCCGGGUCUGAUCUAUGCGUCACGUUCAAGGGGCACUACGAGUAUUAUCGUGGCAUUACAUUUGCCAAGAACAAACAGUUGACCAAUCCGUCAACAUGGAGCAAGGAAGACUAUACGGGAGACUGGAAUCUCGACAUACGAAUGGUCGUUGAGAACGGCGUCUUGAAGCUAAAGCUAGAAUCCGCAGAGGACUUGGGCUUCGUGGUGACGGGCGACGCAAAGACGUCAGAUAAUCUGGGAAAGUACAGAAACAAUAAAGAAACGCUACGUGACGAUAUCAAGAAGCGUAUCCUUCCCAGACUUGAGGUAUUGCGCAAUAGUCUCCGAGACGGCUUUCAGGGAGACCACCAGUUUGUCUUUCCCGGCACCGGUCAGCUAGAGUUCCAGGACGUCACGUUCAACAAUGAGGGCGACAUCAUUGCCAGCGUGGUUUGGAAAGAGGUGGAUGGGCCGGUUAUUGUCAAGCCGCCGCCUAAGACGAGCAGCGCCAACUACUCUGCCGGCUUCCAGGAUCCGAUAGAGCCUCACAUUUGGGAGACUACUUUUCGAAAGACGGAAUGUGAGAUGGGGGGAGAAGAGGAGACUUGA